CGUUCGCCUGCGCCGCGGAGAGGAUACUCUAGUUCAAGUUUUCGGGCUUGCGCUAGCUCGGUCUCCCGCUCGCGUCCUCGCCGCCCUCCGCGCACCCUCUGUCUUCUCUGUCUCCCAUUGCCCGGCGCCCCUUUCCCUGCCGCAGCCAUGAACGGGCAGCUCAACGGCUUCGACGAGAACUUCAUCGAGGAAGGCACCUUCCUCUUCACCUCAGAGUCUGUGGGCGAAGGGCAUCCCGAUAAAAUUUGUGAUCAAAUCAGCGAUGCAGUCCUUGAUGCUCACCUUCAGCAGGACCCUGAUGCCAAAGUUGCUUGUGAAACAGUUGCUAAGACUGGAAUGAUACUACUUGCUGGUGAAAUCACAUCCAGAGCUGCUGUUGACUAUCAAAAAGUGGUUAGGGAAACAAUUAAGCAUGUAGGCUAUGAUGAUUCUUCCAAAGGGUUUGAUUACAAGACUUGCAAUGUUUUGGUAGCCUUAGAGCAGCAGUCACCAGACAUUGCUCAAGGGGUUCAUCUAGAUCGAAAUGAAGAAGAUAUUGGUGCAGGAGACCAGGGAUUGAUGUUUGGUUAUGCUACUGAUGAAACUGAAGAAUGCAUGCCCUUAACUAUUGUGUUAGCUCACAAGCUCAAUGCCAAACUUGCUGAAUUGCGGCGCAAUGGAACUUUGCCUUGGUUACGCCCAGAUUCCAAAACUCAAGUCACUGUGCAGUAUAUGCAGGAUCGUGGUGCUGUUCUCCCUAUAAGGGUCCAUACGAUUGUGAUAUCUGUUCAACACGAUGAAGAUGUAUGUGUUGAUGAAAUGAGGGAUGCUCUAAAGGAAAAGGUGAUCAAAGCUGUUGUACCUGCAAAAUACUUGGAUGAAGAUACAAUUUACCAUCUGCAACCUAGUGGCAGAUUUGUCAUUGGUGGACCUCAGGGUGAUGCUGGUCUGACCGGACGGAAGAUCAUCGUGGAUACCUAUGGUGGUUGGGGUGCUCAUGGAGGUGGUGCUUUCUCAGGAAAAGAUUAUACUAAGGUGGACCGUUCAGCUGCUUAUGCUGCCCGUUGGGUGGCAAAAUCCCUGGUUAAAGGUGGUCUGUGUCGCAGGGUACUUGUUCAGGUGUCUUAUGCUAUUGGUGUUUCCCACCCGUUGUCCAUCUCCAUUUUCCAUUAUGGCACCUCUCAGAAGAGUGAGAGAGAGCUCCUGGAUAUUGUGAAGAAGAACUUUGACCUCCGCCCUGGGGUCAUUGUCAGGGAUCUGGAUCUGAAGAAGCCCAUUUAUCAGAGGACUGCAGCCUAUGGCCACUUUGGUAGGGACAGCUUCCCAUGGGAAGUGCCCAGAAAGCUUAAAUAUUGAAAGUGUUAGGCUUUUUUCCCCAGACUUGUUGGCGUAGG